AUGGUUCAAACUAAUUUCUUUCUAUGGGCAUAUGUAUUGAUAUUUCUCCCUACUAGUAUUGUAGCGCAAGGUCUUGGUGUCAAUUGGGGUGUUAUAGCAUCACAUCCUUUAGACCCUAAGAUUGUUGUUAACAUGUUAAAAGAUAACGGCAUAAAAAAGGUUAAGCUUUUCCAUGCUGAAGCAGACAUUCUAAAUGCCCUGGCUGGAACCAAUAUUGAGGUUAUGGUGGGAAUCCCCAAUCAUUCUUUGGAAAGUCUUUCUGAAAAAUAUAGUGUAGCUCAAGCUUGGGUUAAAGCUAAUAUCACUGCAUAUUUGGGUAAAAAGGGUGUCAACUUCAAAUACGUGGCAGUAGGAAAUGAAGCAUUUCUAACAGCUUACAAUGGUACGUUCAACAACCUUUUACUCCCAGCUAUGAAAAACAUUUUGAAGGCAUUAAAUGAAGCUGGAGUUGGAAAAGAUAUCAAAGUAUCAACACCACUCAAUGGUGAUGUUUACACUACAUCUACUUACAAACCAUCGGAUGGAACAUUUCGAAAAGAUUUGGCAGAUAUCAUGAAUGGAAUAUGUGAAUUUCUCCAUAAAAAUGAUGCUUCUUUUAUCGUCAAUAUCUAUCCUUUCCUAAAUCUUUACCAAAAUCCUGGAUUCCCUGAAUCUUAUGCCUUCUUUGAUAACGAUGAUUCACACUCUAUGGAUGAUCAUGGUGUUAAAUAUCGUAGUGUUUUAGAUGCUAAUAUUGACACUCUCAUCGCUGCACUUAAAGUAGCUAAUUUCUCGGAUAUACCAAUCAUCGUGGGGGAAGUUGGAUGGCCAACUGAUGGUAAUAUUUACGCCACAACAAAAAAUGCUAAAAGGUUCUAUAAUGGGUUGCUAAAGAGAAUGGCAAAAAAUGAAGGAACUCCACUUCGCCCGAAACAAUAUCCUGAAGUGUAUAUAUUCUCUUUGUUGGAUGAAGAUCUUAAGAGUAUUGAUCCAGGAAUGUUUGAGAGGCAUUGGGGAAUUUUCAGCUUUGAUGGACAACCUAAGUUUCCACUUGAUUUGUCAGGGAAAGGACAAAACAAGUCGCUUGUUGGUGGAAAAAAUGUCCCAUACAUGGAAAAGCAAUGGUGUGUGUAUAACAAGGAUGCUUCCAACAAAAAAGAUUUGGCUGUAAAGGUCGCAUGGGCUUGCAAUAAUACCGAUUGCACGACCUUGGUACCUGGGGCAUCAUGUUCUGGUAUGGGCGUUGACGUGAAUGCGUCGGUUGCCUUCAACAUGUACUACCAAAUGGCCAAUCAAACUAAAGUUGCAUGUGAUUUUCAAGGUUUAGCUAAGAUUGUCAAGGAAGAUCCAUCUAAUGGGACUUGUAAGUUCCCAAUUAUGAUUAAAUCUUUCCGAGCAACAUCCAAUUCUUCGUCGUCUGCUUCUAGAUCUUCAUCCUCAUCUUCUUCGUCCGACUCUCCUUCUUCUUCUCCCUCUGUCAGCCAUUCUCUUUCACUUAUAUUUUACUUUUUUGUGGGCAUUUGCAUUGCUUGGUUUGCAUAAAUUUGACCUUUUCCCGAAUUCGUGAAAAGUGGAA